ACAUUUAUGUGAAACACUCUAGAACUUUUACCUCAAACAAAAGAGAUUGACAGUGUUGCCUCAGCUUCAUUUGGCUUUAGUUCUUCAUCUUUGAACCAUCAAAAAUAACCACAGCAAAAACAACCCGAACAUGAACAGUUCGAGCUGCCGAAACUACCAAGAAAAUCUGGAAUCGUUCAUUCUACUUUCAGUCCUAAGCACACUGUCUGGUAUUGUCUCCGUGGCUGGAAACUUUUUGGUUCUCUGGACAAUCUUCCACACUAAGUCCCUUCAUGUUGUCUCUAACUGGUUUAUCGCAUCCUUGGCGGCCGCAGACCUUCUUGUGGGACUCUUGCUUAACCCUUUCCUCAGUGUCAUAGGAUUUUACAGAUACAAGCAGCAAACGCUGCCAAGUGCGUUUGACACAAUCCAAGGCGCUAUUUGGGUACAAUCAAUACUUAUAACUACUUAUUCAUUCGCUAGUGUUAGCUACGAUCGAUUUUACGCCAUUACGAAGCCUUUACAUUAUAAGGAGGAGAUCACAUCGAAAAAAUGCGCGAUAGCAAUUGCAAGUAUCUGGAUUUUAUCGAGUUUGUUUUCUCUACAGAGAGUCUUCGUCCCGAAAGACUACUUGUCAAUACUGUGGCUGACUACAGUUGCAUUAGCUUUUAUUCCUCCACUGACAAUGACUUUGUUCUGCUAUUACUUUAUUUUUAAAUCUGCAAAGUACCAGAGACAGAGGAUAGCCAGCGAAAGCGUGACUGAGAGGAAGAAACGAAAUGAAAUUCUGAAAAAUAGGAAGACAGCUUUCACAGUGGCAAUAAUUAUUGUGGUAUUCUCAGUGUUGUUUGUGCCAAGCCAAGUUGUAUCUAUACUUGAUAUUACCCUUGCUUACAAUGCUUGUCUGUUAGAUGAAAUAAGGGUUUUUGUUUGGCCAUGGGUUAGCUUUGUUGCUCUUGUGAGUUCCGCCGUCAACCCUUGGAUUCUAUCCUUAAGGAGUAGGCACUUUAGACAGGCCAUAAAGUAUUCUGUAUUUAACACUAAUAUGGAGCCUUCUACGGGUAGCGUACAAACAUGAACUAAGAGAAAAUCUAAAACCAAUAUAUCUCAACUAAUUGAUUAGCAUGUAAAACUAAAGUGUAAAAUAUAAUUGAUAUUUAUAAACAAAAGAGAAAAUUUUUGAUAAUCAAAUGAGGAAGAAGCUCUUCGUAUCUAUGCUUCUAUAAAUUUAUCAAAAUCGCUUUAUUGAUAUCUCAAUAAUGUUGCUAGCUUUCACAGACACCGAAUACAGCUCUUACUUGGAAGUUCCGAAUAAAUUUCUUUCUUUAAAUAUUGCGGGCAAACACGAAUGACAAGAGAGACAGUUUCCUUAUGAAACGACAAACACCAACGUACGGAUAUGUUGAGAGCGGAACAAUUGUGCUGCCAUAUUUAAACAUGAUUUUUUUUCUAUUUUAAUACUAAAACAAUAUUUUGGUUUAGAACGCUAAUUUCAGAUAUGAUACUAAUAAAAUAUAGAAGAAGUUGAACAAGCAAUUGUAUCUUAUUUGACCAUACACUCUUUUUUAAUAAAAAUACAAAAACCAUUUUUUCAAUGACGUCCAGACUGACCAACUUCUAAGAACAUGCUAAGAACAUACCCAGGCUCAGAUAGCAGCAAAAUACCAACCUUAGAUAUUACUGUCAUUAAUAAUUUGUGUGAUUUUUUUCCAAUACUUCAUUGGCCAUUAAAUUCUAUAUAGUUCUUUAGUUUUAUAUACAGUAGCUCUCCAAAAUUGUUCUUUAAAUGUUUUUUUUUUUAUAAAAAAUACUGAGUGCAGUGCCUCUUAGUACGUUUAUCAAUAACAUCUUUUCCAUUAAAAAUGUUUUAUUAACAACUGUCGUAAAGGCGAUCUAGGAUAACAGUUUUCUAAGAAAUUAAGGUAAUAAAAUACUUUUGUCACAUAUAUCAGGUUCGAUCAAAUGAUCGUCAUGAUGGUUUUACCGCUUCCUGGUUGAAAAAAAAAAUUUCUUUGUUAAACAAUCAAAC